CUCACCCUCGAGCCAAAAAUAGAAAAGCCUGCCAGUCUCUAUUCGUCUUCUUCAUCGAGCGGAACAACGCGAGCUGAUUCCUCUUUCUCCGCAUUGUCCCUCCAUCGGAUUUUUUAGCAACUGAAAAAGAAUAUUUUUAAACGAUAUGCGCUUUUUCAUUUUCAUCCUACCGCUGGUGGCAGCGAUUCCGUUAAAAAGUAUCGAUAAGAAAUAUGAUCUGGGCAUCGAGGAUGGAAAGUUGAAAUAUGUGAAAUUCAUCGAACCAAGCGACACCGUUGACCUCUCGAAUCUCGGACUGAACACGCUCGACAGAUAUGCCUUCGAGUACAUUACGAACGUGAAAACAUUGAAUUUGGCUGAUAAUUCCCUGAGAAAUUUACCCCACUUUAUCUUCUCGAACCUGACUAAGUUGGAGAAUUUAUCUCUGGCUAAAAACGAAAUCGACAAUGUUGAAAAUCUUUUCGUCGGAUUGGAAAAUCUCAAUCAAUUGGACAUAUCUUACAAUCCGAUUUCUCAUCUUCGACAGGGACAUCUUUUCGGUUUGAGCAAAUCUACCGAGAUUUUGACCGAGGGUAACAUCUUUUGGAGCAUCAAUACGGACGUUUUCGCAAAUUUGUUUCUAAAGAAAGAAAGCGAAAAGAAAGAUGGAUAUUCGUCAAAAAUUGAUGACAACGAGAGAAAGAGUUUGACGGAAGCGAGCGAUAGGAAAGUCCGAGAAAUAGAGUUGAAACAGGAAAACGUGAUUUUCCAAAGGUAUCGGAGAGAUAUCGGCAGCCAACUCGGGGAAAAUCCCAGAGCGAAGCUCUGCAUGACCGAUGACGGUGUCGUAACGUCCGUCAGCGGUAUCGAUGAUAACGAAACUUUGGAAGGAGGAUGCCGAGAGGUGACCUUCGACCGUAAUAAGGGACAACUCGAGCUUCGUGGUAUGAUUAUUAAAUCCUUCCGAGAAGGUUGGUACCAGAUCCGUUCCUUUCCAGUUAGUUCCAUCGAUUUAUCCGACAACGAAAUUACCGAGAUUACAAAGGAAGUACUCAAUGAUCUACCAAUGAGCGUAGAGCAUGUCAAUCUAGCUGCCAACAGGAUUAAUCAUUUGUGGAAGGACGUGAUAGAAAAUCGAUAUUUGAAGAGGCUUAAUUUCAAGGCUAACUCCAUCAACAACAUCGAAAGUAACAGUUUGAAUAAAACUAAUCUGGAGGGCCUUUAUCUCGCGGACAAUCAACUUGACAAUCUCGAUUUUCUUCAUACUUUGCCGUCGAGAUUAACCCAACUCAUUUUGACCAGUAAUCAAAUCGUCUCCAUCAACCGUGGUGCCUUCUCGAGUCUAAAACAUUUGACUUAUCUAAAUAUGGGCAAUAAUAAGAUCACUAAACUGCAAAACAACGCUUUCGAGGGCCAAGAAAACCUUCCGGUACUAAUAUUAACUAGAAAUCGCAUCACCGAGAUCGAACCAAAAGCCUUCUCGGAUUUGAAAAUGUUAACGACGCUCUAUCUUUAUCAGAACCUUAUCAGCAAACUCGAUAGAAAUACGUUUACUGACCUUACCAAACUCCAAGACUUGAAUCUCAUCUCGAACAAGUUUACGAUUAUAUCCGAAGAAACCUUUCCUCUUUUGCCAAAAUCUCUCAUGUCCUUGAAUCUCGAUGGCAAUGAAAUAAAAAGCUUGGAGAAAGGUAGCUUCGUCGAUGCGCCACGAAACUCUUUAUCCUUAAACGAAAAUCAAAUAUCAUACAUCGACAAGGGUGCUUUUAAACUUUCGAAUCUUCAUGAUUUGUACUUGAACAACAAUAGCCUUACCACCAUCGAUGGCGAUAGUUAUCAAGGUUUACCUCGACUACGACAUCUUUCUCUUUCCGGCAAUCAAAUUUCAAACAUCGAAAAAGGCUCUUGUAAGAAUUUUGCCAGUUUACAUAUCUUGGACAUCUCCGAUAAUCCCUUCCAAAGUCUCAAAAAUGGGGCCCUUUAUGGUUUGACCAUUGAUAAAGGCACCUUUCUCUACAUUUAUGGCAAUCGAUUGAAGUCUAUACAAAGUGGUAUGUUCGAGGACGCUUAAACGUGUUCACAUUACGAGUAUGCUGAAAUAGUUUCGAUUCGGAGAUGGCACUAGCUCGUCGUUUAAUUACCUCGCUUUAAACAGAGUUUUAUCCAACGAUCGAUUGCGAAUGGUUAAAGUUUCAUCGCAACGCGAUAUACGUACUAUAUACGACGCAUUACGAUAUAUAUAUACACACGCGCGCAAAGAUAUGUACGUGCGCGCGUGCGUAUAUAUAUAUAUAUAUAUAUAUAUAUAUAUAUAUAUAUAUAUAUAUGCAUAUCUUUACGUUUCCUAUCGAUUCUACGUUAACAAGAAGAAAUGUUAGAAAUAAAUUGACAAACAGAAAUAUCUACAAAUAACGAUAUUCCCGUUCUAGCGUCGAUCAAUUAAAAAUGUUGACCUUAUUAGAAAUACGAACGCAGCUUCUCUUAUUUCGACGUAGAAUUUACGACAAGUUUUGCAACAACUUCCGCAUUCUUCGAACGUGUACUUUGGUAUAAAAGUUGAGCAAUCCGUUUCUUUACUAAAUAAAAGAUGUUGUCGUCAUGCAAGAAUAAUAAUCUCGUAUAAAUAAA